AUGUUCUUUUCGUUCCCUGCUCUUCUGGCUCUUCUGGCUCUCUCAGCUCUUUCAGUAGCUGCACCCUCCAACCCCAAGGUGGUGUCUAUGGAUGUCUCUAAAAAGACAUACCUAGGGUCGGUCAAGGGGAGACCUGGGGUCUAUAUUUCCACAUACAUCAGUGUGGGCACUCCUCCUCAGUCAUUCGAAGUCAGCUUUGAUACAGGAUCUUCUGAUCUAUGGAUACCAGCCGUGGGUGAUGACCAAACUGGAGGUCCAGGGCUCUUCAACCCCCAGGCUUCCUCCACGUUCAAAUCUUUAGGAACCAGUUUCAACGCGGCAUACGUCGGAGGAACAGCCCAGGGAUACUGGGUGACCGAUAAUGUCAACGCAGCAGGCCUGUCUCUGUCCAAUCUGCAACUUGGAGCUGUUUCUAACAUGCAAGACCAGAAGCAAGGAAUCUUGGGUGUGUCUUUCAAGCAAGUAGAAAUGUCGGUACGAAAUGGACAACCCCAGUACUACAACUUUCCGUUUUCCGCCAAAGAACAGGGCUUUAUUGACCAUGUGCUCUACUCUCUCCAUUUUGACGGUCCCCAUUCUCCUGACGGAACCUUUCUACUGGGAGGUAUUGACCACGCCAAAUACUCUGGAGAUCUCCAUUACUACAACGUCGCCAACCCCAGUGCAGGUCCCCAGAUUAAUUUCAAGAGCCUCGUACUUGACGGACACGAACUCGACUUCAAUCUGCCGGUCACACUGGACUCAGGGUCGCUAGCUAUUGCCUUUCCAGACACCCAGUUCAGAGCUAUAGGAAGCGGGCUUAACCUGACCAACUACAACAAAGAUAUGGGUCUGUAUUAUAUCGACUGUCAAGCGGAGAUCUCCGUGGACUUCAAAUUCGACGGACUCACAAUCUCAGCCAACUCUUCGUCUUUGGUACUGCCCAUGGGAUUCUUCUCAGGGGACACCACAGACCCUUCAUGUGUACUGGGAGUGCAAAACUCUGCCCUUUAUGAAUCUCCGAAUGAUGCUGUUCUCGGAGAACCUUUCCUUAAGAACGCCUACGUCGUCUACGAUUUGGAGGACUACAGCAUUGGACUAGCUCCUGCUGUCUACACCGACAAGUCUGAUGUUCAAGCUGUCUCCCGCACAUUGUAA